AUGCCCAUCACCGCAAAGGAAGCCGCGCCUGGUGCCGCCAUGAAGGCCGAGAUUGAGGAUUACACCAAGGCCCUCGAGGUCGUGAAGACUUAUUCCACACUGGAUGGACUUGACGUGGACACUUUGUUGGACUCUGAUAACCACGGAGCAUUGACUUAUAACGACUUCCUGCUCCUGCCUGGCUAUAUCGGCUUCCCUGCCUCCGAUGUCAGCCUGGAUACCCCCGUCACCAAGCGUAUCUCUCUGAAGGCGCCCCUUCUCUCUUCUCCCAUGGAUACCGUCACCGAGCACAACAUGGCUAUUCACAUGGCUUUGCUUGGUGGCCUGGGUGUCAUUCACCACAACUGCGCACCCGAAGACCAGGCUGAGAUGGUCCGCAAGGUGAAGCGAUAUGAGAAUGGCUUUAUCCUUGACCCAGUUGUUCUUUCUCCCAAAGCCACCGUCGGAGAGGCCAAGGACUUGAAGGCCAAGUGGGGCUUUGGUGGUUUCCCUGUCACUGAGGAUGGAACUCUGAGCUCCAAGCUCGUCGGUAUGGUCACUUCCCGUGACAUCCAGUUCCACAAGGAUCUGACCGAGCCCGUCACUGCCAUCAUGGCCACCGAUCUGGUCACUGCCCCGGCUGGCACCACCCUGGCUGAGGCCAACGAGGUGCUGCGUCGGUCCAAGAAGGGCAAGCUGCCCAUCGUCGAUGCUUCUGGCAACCUCGUCUCUCUCCUUUCCCGCUCCGAUCUGAUGAAGAACCUCCACUAUCCCUUGGCCUCUAAACUUCCUGACUCCAAGCAGCUCAUCUGUGCUGCGGCAAUCGGCACUCGUGAGGAGGACAAGUACCGUCUGAAGCUGCUCGUGGACGCCGGCCUGGACAUUGUUAUCCUCGACUCCAGCAACGGUAGCAGCAUGUACCAGAUUGACAUGUUGAAGUACAUCAAGAAGGAGUUCCCCCAGAUUGACGUUAUCGCUGGUAACGUCGUGACUAAGGAGCAAGCUGCCAUGCUCAUCGCUGCCGGUGCCGAUGGCCUGAGAAUUGGCAUGGGUGCCGGUAGUGCUUGCAUUACCCAAGAGGUCAUGGCUGUUGGCCGUCCUCAGGCUGCCGCUGUCCGCAGUGUCUCUGCCUUUGCCGCUCGCUUCGGUGUUCCUUGCAUUGCCGACGGUGGCAUUCAGAACAUUGGUCACAUUGUCAAGGGUCUGGCCCUGGGCGCCAGCACUGUCAUGAUGGGUGGCCUGUUGGCCGGUACCACCGAGUCUCCUGGCGAGUAUUUCGUCAGCAACGAGGGCCAGCUUGUCAAGUCUUACCGUGGAAUGGGCAGUAUCGCCGCCAUGGAAGACAAGAAGGCCGGUGGCAACAGCAAGGACAGCAGCGCCAACAAGGCCAGCAACGCUGGUACUGCUCGCUACUUCUCCGAGAACUCUCGUGUCCUGGUUGCCCAGGGUGUCGCUGGCUCCGUUCUGGACCGCGGCUCCGUCACCAAAUUCGUCCCAUACCUCGUUGCUGGUAUUCAACACUCCUUGCAGGACAUGGGCGUCAAGUCGCUCGAUGAGCUGCACGAGGGCGUCAACAAUGGCACUGUUCGCUUCGAGAUGCGCAGCGCCAGUGCUCAGGUCGAGGGUAAUGUCCACGGCCUGCACAGCUAUGACAAGAAGCUCUACUCUUAA